CACCGCCGCUGCGUUAAAGACAAAUAAUCAGGUGGUGCCGCCGACACAUAUCCACCGUUGCCGGAGCAUCGAAACUCCGGCGCCGGCAUCAAUUUUAUCCUGUCAGGACGAUUAUGCCCCUUUGUUACUGAAAAAAUAUUUCUAUAUAUAACUGGUAUGGGCUAUACACCUGGUAAUAAGGAGGAUCACUACCGCAAAUCUGCUAAGUUGCUUACAUUGCCUACUAUUUUGACUAUUGGUCGUGUUGUUGCUAUUCCCAUUCUCGUGACUACAUUCUAUGUUGAUAGCUGGUGGGGACCAACCGCUACAACAGGUAUUUUUAUUGCUGCAGCAAUAACUGAUUGGCUUGAUGGAUACCUUGCUCGCAAGAUGAACCUAAGAACUGCCUUUGGUGCGUUUUUAGAUCCAGUGGCUGAUAAGCUAAUGGUUGCUGCCACCUUGAUCUUGUUGUGCACCAAACCUUUGGAGGCUAGUGUGUUUGGACAAUUGCCAUGGCUACUAACUGUACCUUCAAUUGCGAUAAUCGGCAGGGAGAUAACGAUGUCUGCAGUUAGAGAAUGGGCUGCUUCUCAGGGUGGUAAACAUUCAGAGGCUGUUGCUGUGAAUAAUUUGGGGAAAUGGAAAACAGCCACUCAGAUGAUUGCAUUGACCAUCCUUCUCCUCACCAGAGAUAGCAGUUUAUCAGGGGCUGGAACUGUUGUAGCUUCUGGUGUGAUCUUGCUAUAUGUUUCAGCAUGGCUAGCUGGAUGGUCUCUGUUCGUGUAUAUGAGAAAGAUAUCAAAAGUAUUAUUCAUGUAGAAAUCUUGGCCAAUGAUCACAUUUUGGCUCAUGCUACUAGCUGUGGAAGAGCAGGUUAUACGCAAGCAGAUACAUGCUUGUGCAAGAGGAAACUGUCUUUUGGAGCCUUUUGCACUUGCAUCUUGAGUACGAGUGAAGUUGCUAACUCAAUUCUGACAUCCCUCGCUCCAUAUUUGUCCAGUGCGUUUUGGUUGUGACAGAAAGAGAAACGAAAAUGUUGGCUGUGUUCAAUGUUUUUUACUUCAUUCUUUAACCAUAUUCUUUAGCGAAAUUGGAGGCUCAACAAAAUAGAUAAUCAAAUACGUGGAGUUUGCUAUAUGUACUGUAAUCUAUUCUGACAAGAAAAAUUUAUAGUCAAAUGUUAUUCCGGUUUGACCGGCGUUUCACUGA